AUGAAUCCUCACGAUAACUCGCGCUUCGCGGAAUUCAAGAUUGUUUCAAAGAUCUACAAGGUCAUUGAAGAACACAGCCUCGAGGUCAAUAUUCUAUACAUCAAUCCAACGGUUCCAUCGCCCGCGCCCAGGCCGGUCUUGUUUCGGCUCCAUGGUGGAGGUCUAGUCGGUGGCUCCAGCCUCUGCCCUCCCUUCUUUGCCCCUUGGAUUCUCCAACUUGCCAAGAAGCACAAUGCAGUCAUUAUUUCCCCUGAUUAUCGACUGAUCCCCGAGUCCACCGUUCAGAACGCUCUUGAUGAUGUCCAUGACUGCUGGGCUUGGACACAUCAAUCUCUCCCUCGUCUUCUUGAAGUCGAAACGGGGAUUCGCCUUGACUUGGGCAAAGUCUUUACAACUGGUGAUAGCGCUGGUGGAUACCUGGCCAUACAGUUGGCAUUGAGUUAUCCCGACGAGAUGCAGGCUGUUCAAGUAAGCUAUCCUCUAGUGGAUGUUGAAAGGACGAACGUCGAGCCCCGGCUUGAUGAAUCUGUAUUUGAUCAGCCGCCAUAUCCGCGGGCCACAUUUGAGCAGCAUGUGGCUCGCAUGCGACAAGCAGAACAUGAGACUGGGCGGAAGGCUGUCGUUUCCAAAGACGAUAUGUUGUCGCGAGCUGAUAUCAUGUGGACCUUCGUUCAGCACGGACUGGCAAGUCAGUUCUUCCCGAAGGACCAACGUACUUUGUUUCCGUUUUACAGGCUUCAGGAUGGCGCUCGACUAUCCCGAGGAGGAUUGGUAGUGUGGCAUGCGGAAGGCGACUCUGUGGUCAAGGUAGAAGCUAGCUAUCGCCUGCAAGAGCUGUUGACAAAACUAGAUCCUGAGCUCAAUUUCAGACUCGACGUCAGAGAUGGCGAGCAUGGGUUUGAUCACUACGUCAGUAUCGACGAUGCAUGGGUUUCUGAAUCUCUCAAAGGAAUCGUGGCUUCCUGGCUAGGGUAG